AUGCCCGCUCCUAGCGCCUCGGCAGUGUAUGCAGCACCGGAGCAGCAGCCCAUGACCUAUGCCGCGCCAGCUGCAGCACCGGCCCCAGCACCCACUCCGGCCAUCUAUGCAGCGCCGGAGCAGCAGCCAAUGACUUACGCAGCUCCAGCUGCAGUGGGCGCACCGGAUCCCGUACCUGCUGUUUAUGCAGCCCCAGGGCAGCAGCCACUGACCUAUGCUGCCCCCGCAGCGGAACCAACCCCCGCGUCUGCACCGGCCUUUUACGCAGCCCCGGAGCAGCAACCAAUGACCUAUGCUGCGCCGGCCGCACAAACCGCCCCCCCAGCAAUCUAUGCAGCGCCUGAGCAGCAGCCUAUGAUGUAUGCUGCUCCCGAGCAGAUGCCCAUGACAUAUGCUGCUCCAGCCCCAGCUGCGGGACCCACUCCCGCUAUCUAUGCGGCCCCCACAGAAGCCCCCCAGCUCCCACCUGUGUAUGCGGCUCCUGCCUCAUACACCCCUCCCAUGGAGAUGCAGCCUGCGCCGGCUAUCUAUGCCGCUCCCGCUGGGGACAUCCCGCAGGCAUAUGCCGCGCCAGCCCCUGUUACUUAUACGACAGCGACAGUGCAAGGCUCAUCUCAGGCAGCAGUCCCAAUGACAUCCUCUGCUGCUGCAGCCGCACCGGCCCCGAUACAGAUUUCUUCUCAGCCCUAUAUCCCUGGAGCAGGCAUGGAGUAUGCGCAAUACACUUACGCACAGCCUGCCCCGGCAUACUCAUAUCCCGGUCCAGUCUACACCGCGCAGCCUCAGUACACAUACACCACCGAGCAGCUGUCUGCUGCGCCCACGUACGUACCAACUGUCAGCUACCAGUCCCCGUACGCGUAUGCAGCCGCUCCGGUCGCAGCGACUGCUGCCCCUGCUGGA